ACCAAAGACCAAAUAACGACAACGAAAGUGCGAGAAAUAAGCCUAGAGUUUAAUUCUCAUUGUCAUCUUGCUUGUAUUGUUAGCCAACUUCACAUCACUGCCGUUGUUGACUUCUCACUCCUUUGACAAUCCCUGGUGCGACGACGAUGGAUCCCAUGAGAGGCUCUUCGCCCGCCAAAGCCGCCCUGAGCGCUGACUCACCUGAGCAGCUCCUCGACGCUUUCAAGGCUGCUGCGUUGUCCGUCACCAAGCUGUACAAGACCUCGGCCGCUGCCCAAGCCAAAUCCCGUUCCGAUGGGUACCAAGACUGUCUCGAUGACCUGCUUGCCUUCCUCGAUAAACGAAACAUCGGUCUAGGCGACGGAGAGGGCUGGCAAAUCCGCAAAUGGGCCACCGACCGUUUGGAUGGCAAAGACCCCCAAACCUCCGAUGAUGAAGAGGAAACCGACAAGGCCGAGAUGAGCUCUUCAACCGAGAUUCAACGGUCAAAUGUUUCCUCGCACCCUUCGCCGACCAACUCGGCACCUCCAGUUUCUCAGCCGCCUAUCGUACUUGAGCCCGUUGUCGAACGGCCUCAGAUGAUCACUGUUCCAACACAAGAAACCUUUAAUUUCCAGUCAUCGCAUCCCUACCCCCAAGAAUCUUACCUGAAUAUUGCGAACCUCGAUUUAUCGGACUCGAGGCAUUCGCUUGACAACACGAAUCAAGUUCCUUGUCCCACAUCCAUGUCUCAUUCGACACGCUUACGGAAGGACAAGCGGUAUCAACGGCCACGUAACCCAACGACAGCUCAUCUAGGGAGAGGGGCUGGCCAGAAGCGAUCAAUCAACUUUGCAGAAUUGUUCGACGUGGGCGGUCUGAAUUUUGGAAAAGACAUGUCCGGUAGGGAAGGAAAGAGGUCAAGGCACGCAUGAAAGGAACAUUCGAGAAAGGCGAAUGCCCUGGCAUCCCGGCGCAUCGAUUAAAUCUAUAGAGACUUGCUUCUCUUCUGGCACACGUUAUACGACACGAGGCGCAUGAGAUACACGGGCUGGUGGUAGAUAUCUUUUGGGACAUGGAGCAUCGACACGACACGGGCGGUCGCACUAGCAUUCAAGGCGUUCAGAAAGGAUCAGUCACAGCUACCUAGCUACUUUACCCUCAGCGACUGUUUGCUUUAGCUUGUUUUUACCAUCUUCUGUUAAU